AUGGAGCCUCUCGCCAUCUGUGGCAUGUCCAUGAGACUGCCCGGAGGCGUGCGAGACGCUCAAGCAUUUUGGGACACCUUGAUCCAGAAGAAGGAGCUGCUAUGCGAUGUUCCGGAGGACAAAUUCAAUGUCGACGCUUUCUACAGUCCCCAUGGGAAGUCUGGCACGAUUAUUUCCAGGACAGCUUUUUAUCUCACAGACGCAGAGCUGGCGUGCUUGGACACAUCCAUGUUCAACAUCAGCCCACACGAGCUGCGGCAUAUCGACCCCGAGCUGCGAAUGUUGCUCGGGAUCACGCACGAGUGUCUGGAGAAUGCUGGCGAGAGUGAUUAUCGCGGCAAGCGAGUAGGAUGCUAUGUGGGCCUUGGUCUUGAGAUCAGUGUGAACUCAUUCGGUAUUGGGGGAGCAAAUGGUCAUGUCAUUAUUGACUCUGCUCGAGCGUGGGUGCCCGCAGAAAGAAGGGUGAUAGCCGCACUUGGGACCCCCGUGGCAGUGUCUGACUGUGGUGUACAUGAAGCGCGUCAUGCAGCGCGCGUCUCACGCGGUCCACCACAGUCUAAGCCACUGCUCGAUGCCUGGUCCCCUUCAGACCCAUACCUGGAAGAUCGUAGCAGGUCCGAGCCCGAAGUACCUCGUUCACAGUUGCUAGUCUUUUCCGCAACUCACGAAAAGUCCCUCGCCAGGCUGAAGAGCUCAUACGAGACGUUGCUCGAGGACAAAACCACUAACCCAGCGGACUUGGCCCGCACCCUGGGAAGACAUCGGCAACAUCACAGAUACCGGGCAUUCUGUGCCACGUCUCCGGACGGAGAGGGCGCACACUUCUCCGCCACAGCGCGCGUGUCGGGAAGCUCUCGCAUCGUUUUUGUAUUCAGCGGACAAGGAAAUGUCUGGCCACGCGGAACAGAGAAUCUCUUAAGAGAGAGUUCGAUUUUUCGUCAAAUGCUGACAAGGCUCGAUGCGAUCCUCGCCAGCUUACCAGCGUGCUCCCUCUCGCUCGAGAAGGAGCUGCUACGUGAUGGAGACAGGAGCCGCUUGCAAGACGCUGAGAUUGCGCAUCCUUUGAGUGUGGCGAUGCAGAUAUGUCUUUGCAACGCACUUGGAGCACUCGGAGUGCGUCCUGAAGCUGUAGUAGGCCACUCCAGCGGAGAGAUCGCUGCAGCUUACGUCUCCGGUGCCUUGAUGGAAGAGGAAGCGAUCAAAGUGGCCUUUUUCCGAGGCCAGGCGAUCGAACAGGACACGACGUUGGGAGCCAUGUCUUCUGCCGGACUGAGCCGAGAUGUAAUUGACAGACUCGCUCUCUCUGGCGUCACACUUGCCUGUGACAAUAGCCGUUCAAGUGUGACAUUGUCGGGUCGGGUUGAAGAGGUAGAAGAAGCAGAAGCUAGCAUCGUAGAAGCAUAUCCAAAUGCUCUAGUUAAACGAGUCGCUGUGGGCCACGCCUAUCAUUCCAGAUAUAUGAGAAGCGCAGGCGAAUCAUGUGAGCGGAUACUUGCUGGUCAACUUCGUCCGACGCGUCCACAGUGUGCCUUUUACUCUGCAUUGAGAGCGGCUACUGAAGCCAUAUUGUCUGAUACGGAAGGGUCAAUUGUCUUUGCUGAGAUCGGCCCUCAUCCGACCUUGACCAGUUCCUUGACCCAGUCCUGCGCCGAGAAGAAUUUUCGUGGAUCCUCACACGUAUCUUUCAUGCGACGUUCCACGAACAGUGCUACAACCUUUCUCGAAGGACUGGGGCGGUUGUACCAACUAGGAGUGUCCCUAGAUCUCCAGACUCUAACACCAAACAGAAGGACAUUGACGGACCUACCUAACUACCCCUGGCACCAUGAAGCUGAAUAUUGGAACGAGACCCGCUUAGGUCGAGAUUGGAGAUUUCGCAAAUAUCCCCGUCACGAUCUUCUUGGGACUAGGACAGGGGAGGGCUCAACCAUCGAACCAUCAUGGCGCAAUAUUAUGUACAUUACAGGUGGUGAAAGCGAACUUUCCGUGCGAGCGACUGCAGAUAUCCGUACGAAUGGUGCAGUCCUCGGGGAAGUCGUUGCAUUCUCUGGUGCAACGAUGGCAUUGAGUGUCACAGGGCUGACGCUCUGUCCUAUCGAAGGCAUGGCAUCUGAUCGCAGGGAAGAUCCGCACGCAGCUGCUGACCUUCAUGGAAAUGAAGCUCUUUCCAAGGGUACGGAAAUCUUGGAAAACACAAUUGAGCUCUUUGCGCAUGCAAACCCGCUGGGAACACUGCUUCUCCAUUUAUCGGGAUCGGACGAGGCAGUUGAGUCAUCGCUGGCAUCUCUGCGUGCUCGCUCUCGAGAGAGACUGUACUCAUCCAUUACCAUAUGUUGCUCUUCUGAGCAGAGUCGUAGCGCUCUGGAAGGAAAGCUUAAGGACUGUGACAAGAUCGACUACGCCAUCGUAGACAGCACAGCUAUCUCAGAAUCAGCGCAGCUUGGCUCGCGUGCUUACGACUUGAUCGUUGCUGAUGGCAAGAUCAUGGGAAACGAUACUGACCGGGAGCGGACCUUGCUGUUCCUUCGCAAAACAAUGACGAAUAGCGCAACAUUGAUUGUGCAUGAGCCUGGGUCAACGGGAUUGGUGAGCACUCCGGCCAAUGGCACUACCAACAUGCAUCAAACUCACUCUGACCUUUGGUCUCGGGCGGGCUUCUGUGAUGUAUCUGACAUCAAGGACAAGAUCUUGGUUGCCAAAGCGCAAUCGCGGCAAGCUCAACCACCAAGCCCCAAUGUUGCACUGCUCUGUGCAGAAAAGGAUGGCAAGGUAGUUCGGGCCAUAGUGACAUUGCUAACCUGUCACGGCAUUUCAACAGGAUUGUACAGUCUCGAUGAUCUGGCGCAAAUGGAAAGCUCACAGCAAAUUGUCCUAUCUGUCCUGGACCAGGAAGGCCAAUCUCCGCUCUGCGAGGCAUCAUUACUGGGUUUCAAGAACCUACUGCAGGUCAUCCAACGGGCGUCUCAUGGUAUCCUCUGGCUCACAAAACCCGGGCCUUCUUAUGCUGCAAUCCUCGGUCUGGCUCGCACAGGGCUUGGCCGUGCUAUUGCGCGAUGGAUGGUGGAGAACGGGGCUGUCCAUCUUGUCUUCCUGUCUCGAACGGCUGGACUUGAGCCUGAGCACGAAGAUUUCAUGAGAGAACUGGAAGCCAUGGGUGCGGUGUGUAAGGCCGUUGCUGGGACCGUUGCCGAUAAUGCAGUCGUCCAGAGACUGUUCGGGGAUGCUUGUCCGCCAAUCAAGGGUGUGGUGCAGGCCUCUAUGGUACUCGCGGAUAUCUCGCUGUCCAACAUGACAUUGAACGACUGGAAUACGGUAGUCGAGCCCAAGAUCACAGGUACAUGGAACCUUCACAACACUCUGGCAUCCCACAAUCUCGACUUCUUCGUCGUUCUCGGCUCUCUCUCCGGCUUCAUACCCUACCGCCACAGUCUCGGACUGGCCGGGUCAAUCCUCAACUUCUCCGCUGUAAGCGACAUCGGAACACUCAGCCAACAGCCAAAACUCCUCGCCGCCAUGAAAGAAGCAGGCGCGCACUGUCUCAGUGAAGUCGACGUCCUCGAGGCGUUCCAGUGGGCUGUUGAGAAUUCCAAACCAUGGCUGAAGAAGCUUUCGUCAACGAGAUGGAGCGAGGAGGGCCGUCUAAGUCUCGGGCUGCGCUCUACGAUACCCAUGCAGAAUCUGGAUGAGCUACACCCCUGGAAGCGCGACGGACGCAUGGCCGCGUACCACAACAGUCACUACAACGCACUAACACCCCUCUCCAAAAACACGAUGCAGAACAUCCACGCCGAUCCGCAAACCACACUCUCCGACCCCAGCACCGCAGUAGUCCUAGCGGAGGAAAUUGCAAAGAAAGCACUUACCAUGCUACUCAGCGCAGAAAAGGAAAUCGACACCAAGACAGCCCUAGUUUCUGUAGGUCUGGACUCGUUGAUUGCCAUGCAGUUGAGAUCGUGGUGGAGAGAUACGUUUCGGCUCGAGGUGAAUGUGCUGCAAGUGGCGAAUGCGAAGACGUUUGAAGGGUUAGGGCUGUUGGCCGUUUCGUUGCUGAAGAGGAAGUUGAUCAAGGAGGAAGCUUGA